AUGGACCCUUAUCUGGGCAUCUUCUUCCUCACUCCCUUCUUCCAGUCCUGCUAUGCCUGGUCAGUGAAUAAUUUCCUGAUGACGGGCCCCAAGGCCUAUCUCAUCUACUCCAGCAGUGUGGCGGCUGGGGCGCAGAGCGGCAUCGAGGAGUGCAAGUUCCAGUUCGCCUGGGACCGCUGGAACUGCCCGGAGAGGGCCCUGCAGCUCUCCAGCCACGGUGGGCUGCGCAGUGCAAACCGAGAAACAGCCUUUGUCCACGCCAUCAGCUCUGCAGGUGUCAUGUACACGCUGACCCGGAACUGCAGCCUGGGGGAUUUUGACAACUGUGGCUGUGACGACUCCCGCAACGGACAGCUGGGGGGGCAAGGCUGGCUGUGGGGAGGCUGCAGCGAUAACGUGGGCUUUGGGGAAGCUAUUUCCAAGCAGUUUGUGGAUGCCCUGGAGACUGGACAAGAUGCCAGAGCUGCUAUGAACCUGCAUAACAACGAGGCAGGUAGAAAGGCAGUGAAAGGGACCAUGAAGCGGACCUGCAAAUGCCACGGUGUGUCAGGGAGCUGUACCACCCAGACCUGCUGGCUGCAGUUGCCUGAGUUUCGGGAGGUGGGCACUUACCUCAAGGAGAGGUACCACAAAGCCCUGAAGGUGGAUUUGCUGCAGGGAGCCGGGAACAGCGCUGCCAGCCGGGGUGCGAUUGCCGAGACCUUCAGCUCCAUCUCCAAGAAGGAACUGGUCCAUUUGGAAGACUCUCCCGACUACUGCCUGGAGAACAAGACACUGGGGCUGCUGGGCACGGAGGGCAGGGAGUGCCUGAAGAGGGGCAAGGCGCUCAGCAAGUGGGAGAAGCGGAGCUGCCGGCGGCUGUGUGGGGACUGCGGGCUGGCGGUGGAGGAGAGGCGAGCCGAGAUGGUGUCCAGCUGCAACUGCAAGUUCCACUGGUGCUGUGCCGUGCGCUGCGAGCAGUGCCGCAAACGGGUCACCAAGUACUUCUGCGUCCGCAAGGAGAAGCGGGAGCGGAGCGGAGGUGGCGGAGCCAGCCGCAAGCUCAAGAGAAAGCUCUAACUUGCUUCUGCUCCUCCACAGUUCUGUCUGCCCCUCUCCUCUCCUGCCCUUCCCAUCAGCUCCUGGCACCAUUUCUGUUUGGCAUAGU